GAACAUAUUUUCUCCAUUACCAGCCGCAGUUGUAAUUUGUUAUUGGUCCCUAUAUUUUGAUUAAUUUCUCGGUGCGCUAUCUGGCGUUCCCCGAGAGAGGUGGCUGAGAUGGAAACCAACACCGAAGAGCUGCGUCUAAAAUAAACGAAGUCGCACAGCCAGACGUACGCUCCUCCCCGCUGCCUUCACUCCAUUCUGCGGCUCCGUCGGGCACCAGAGCGUUAAAAGCGCCGGGAGAGACGGUCAGUUACAUAACUCCGGUCAGACUUGGAUCUUCGAGUCUCUCCCCCCGCCCCUCCUGUGGCGAUGAGUCGCAAGGUAGUCCGCCAGAGCAAGUUCCGCCACGUCUUUGGCCAGGCGGUCAAACCAGAACAGGGCUACGAUGACAUCCGCAUCUCCAAGGCAACGUGGGACAGUGCUUUCUGCGCGGUCAACCCCAAGUUCCUUGCUAUCAUCGUGGAGUCCAGCGGUGGGGGGGCUGUGCUAGUCCUACCCCUCUCUAAGACUGGCCGCCUGGACAAGAACUACCCUCUGGUGACGGGACACACCGGUCCUGUGCUGGACAUCGAUUGGUGUCCUCACGAUGACAACAUCCUGGCCAGCGGCUCAGAGGACUGCACCGCCAUGGUAUGGCAGAUCCCAGAGCACGGCCCCUCACGCCCCAUCUCAGAGCCCAUCCUUACCCUGGACGGUCACUCCAAGCGGGUCUGCAUCGUUAGCUGGCAUCCCACGGCCCGGAACAUUCUCCUCACUGCUGGAAAUGACAACCUGAUCAUCAUCUGGAACGUGGGCACGGGGGAGCCUGUGAUCGCUAUGGACGACCAUCCCGACAUCAUCUACAGCGUGAGCUGGAACCGGAACGGAAGCCUCUUCUGCACCACCUGUAAGGACCGCCGGCUGCGUGUAUGCGACCCCCGCAGGCAGGAGGUGGUAGCGGAGCGGCUGGCCCCACACGACGGCAUCCGGCCAAUGAGAGCCAUCUUCACGCGUGAAGGGAACAUCUUCACCACAGGCUUCACUCGCAUGAGCCAGCGAGAGCUGGGACUGUGGGAUCCGACCAGCUUUGAGGAGCCCAUCGCUCUGCAGGAGAUGGACACCAGUAACGGGGUGCUGCUGCCUUUCUACGAUCCUGACACCAACAUUGUGUACCUGUGCGGAAAGGGCGACAGCAGCAUCCGCUACUUCGAGAUCACAGACGAGCCCCCCCACGUUCAUUACCUCAGCACCUUCAGCAGCAAGGAGCCCCAGCGGGGGAUGGGUUUUAUGCCCAAGCGGGGCGUGGACGUCAGCAAGUGCGAGAUCGCCAGGCUGUACAAGCUCCACGAGAGGAGGUGUGAGCCCAUCGUGAUGACCGUGCCCAGGAAGUCGGACCUCUUCCAAGACGACCUGUACCCGGACACUGCUGGCCUGGAGUCGGCGCUGGAGGCUGAGGACUGGCUGGGGGGGCGUGAUGAGGACCCCGUGCUGGUGUCCCUGCGGGACGGCUACAUCCCUCCCAAGAGCCGGGAGCUGAAGGUGGCCAAGAAGAACGUGCUGGAAUCACGGCCGGCGCCACGGCGAAGCAUGUCAGCCUGCGAGACCGGCAGCAGUGGGGGCAGCGUGUCGACUCAACUGAUGGAGAAGCUUCUAGAAGAGGUUCAAAGCCUGCGAGCCACGGUGCUGGCACAGGAGAAGCGCAUCUGUGACUUGGAGAACCGGCUCUCCAAACUCACCAACGGCAUGCCCUAGGCUGCCCCCCUCCCCAACCCACCCCCCACCACAUGCACUGUCCAGACAUCCCCACCCACUCCUGUGACCAGUAAAGAGUUGCAAGCCCCCAGCUCAGGACAGAAAAAGACACUUAAAACCAAAGGAACAGUGUGAUGUAAAUACAACUUAGAAUUGAAGCAAAAAGAUUGAAAAGCUAAUCAAAUACCACUAAAAACCUACAUGCCCUGCCCAUACAGAGACGCCAAUGGUAAUUAAAAACAGCUUUUUAUAAUUUA